AGGAGAAUCCUCCCUUGUUUCUGGAGCAAGAGGCGGGCCUUUGGGAAGCAGGAAUGCGCUGGAAGUUUUCCUGCGAGCUCCCCUUCACAUGUUAAAGAGCGUCCUUCCCGCGUCUCGAUAUGGACAUGUGGCCGCUGGUGCUCCUGUUUGUCCAGCUCUGCUUCUGCUCCGGUUAUGAAGGGUCAGGACAGUAUGCUUACGGAGACGAUGAGGACUGGCAUUCUCGUAGAUAUAAAGGGACACCGUGGUGCGCGCCCAUUAAGGUGAAACAUGGUGACGUGAGCUGUCGCACACCCAGAGGAGAGCACUACAGGAAUGUGAUGGGGACUCGCUGUAAAAUACGCUGCAAGCAGGGAUACGAGACCCAGAGCUCAGAGGUGGUGUGUAUGGCCAGCAAACAUUGGUCCUCUAACUACGCCUGCCGAGAGAUCCGUUGCGCCAAGCUGGACAUGCCCGUUAACGGUGGUUACAAGUGUUCAGACGGCUCCUACUUCAACUCUCGCUGUGAGUUUUUCUGCUCCCCUGGAUUCAGUCUGAAGGGCCAGAAGUCGGCAACCUGCCAGCACACCAAGGUGUGGAGCGCUGGAGUCCCCACAUGUGUUGAUAUUGAUCCUCCAAAAAUCAAGUGUCCUAAUCUAAAGGAUAAGUGGGCAGAACCGGGAAAGCUGACCGCAAGGGUGACCUGGGACACACCAGAGGGUGUAGACACUGCAGAUGGCAUCCUUACAGAUGUUAUCCUGAAAGGGAAACCUUCAAAAUCAGACUUUCCAGAGGGGCUCCAUAAGAUGUCCUACACUGUUUUUGACCGUGCAGGGAACAAAGGAUCCUGUCGCUUCACUGUCAGAGUGCGAGUGCGUCGCUGCAGCCCACUCUUUCCCCCAGACAACGGUUACAUGAAAUGUGACAGUGACGGUGACAACUAUGGUGCCACUUGUGAUUUCACUUGCACCGGCGGCUACGAGCUGCAGGGCAGUGCUGCCAGAGUGUGUCAGUAUGGACUCACUUGGUCUGGCACAGACACAAACUGUGCACCCAUGAACAUUAACGUGGGAGUGCGUACGGCUGCUGCACUGCUGGACCAGUUCUAUGAGAAACGACGGCUCCUCAUUAUCUCGGCCCCAACGGCUGCCAAUCAUAAUUACCGCUUCCAGAUGACCAACUUGCAGCACGCUCAGUGUGGACUGGACCUGAGGCACGUGACAGUGAUUGAGCUGGUUGGGACUUACCCAGCACAGAUUGGCCGAAUUCGACACAGGCUGCUCCCUCCAGCGCUGGCCCUGCAGAUCAGGUUACUGCUCCAGAUUCCUCAAAGGUCUUUCCAAAUGGUGCUGGUAGACAAGCAGGGCAUGGACAAGCAGCGCUACCCGUUCCCGAUCACAGCGGCUGAAUUAUUCACCACCAUCGACACCUUCCCCCUUCGCAAGGAGGAGAUGGUGCUGCAGCAGGAAGCGGGCCAGUCCUGCCAAUCAUAAAAACGCGUCCACGGACUCUCAGCCAUCUUUGAUCCUUUCCCCCCUCAUUCACAGCAGACAGGACUUAUUCAGAUCUUCUGUUUCUAACACACACACACUCCUACCUGAACUCAUUCAGUCCUGUUUCCAGAAGGUGUGAGUGUGUCUGUGUGUAUAUGUGUGUGUAGGUAUGUAUGAGUGUGUCUGUGUGCCAUCACAGGGAUAUCAGUCUUGACGCUGAUCUGAGGCAAGCAGAUUUAUUAAAAGAGGUUACGAAAUGGAGUGGGUCAUAUAGUACAUUACAAUCAUAUUGAUUCCUGUGUCUUGUCUAUCUGUAUGUUUUAUUAUUAUUAUUGAUAUUCUCAAAGCAGAAAUAUGUUUUACUAUUUUGUACAAAAAGUAUUUUUACUGUAUGAACUGGAAAACUCUUCACCUGUCUAAUAUUUAUGUCUCACGUCACUAAUAAUGAUGUAAUCUGACACUCUCUGGAGUACUGUGUGGGUGUGUUUUAUGUACAGGACACGACAGUGAUGCUGCUCUGUUAGUACGCUGUAUGUCUGAAAUCACAAGACACUGAUUAAAUAUGUCUAUCAUAGAGGA